CCAACCAUCGCAAGCGAAGUAGCUAGCUAAUGGCGCCGAUCCACAGCAAGCAAACGCUGCUGGCGCUGGCGCUGGCGCUCGCGUUUGUCAGCGUCGUGGCGGCGCGAGGGGAAGCGCUGCCCGCCGCCCGGCACGAGCGGUGGAUGGCCAAGUACGGGCGCGUGUACGCGGACGCCGCCGAGAAGCUGCGCCGGCGGGAGGUGUUCGCGGCCAACGCGCGCCACAUCGACGCCGUCAACCGGGCGGGCAACCGGACGUACACGCUCGGGCUCAACCAGUUCUCCGACCUCACCAACGAGGAGUUCGCGGAGACGCACCUCGGGUACCGUCACCAGCCCGGCGGGCUCGCGCCGGCGGCCGCGGUGAACGUGUCCAUGGCUCAGCUGCAGUCCACGCUCCCAGACAGCGUGGACUGGAGGGCCCGGGGCGCCGUCACCCCAGUCAAGUACCAAGGUCACUGCGGGAGCUGCUGGGCGUUCGCGGCGGUGGCGGCGACGGAGGGGCUGGUGCAGAUCGCCACCGGCAACCUCAUCCCCAUGUCAGAGCAGCAGGUGCUGGACUGCACGGGCGGCGCCAACAGCUGCAAGAGUGGCCACGUCAACGCCGCCCUAACCUACAUCACCGCCAGCGGCGGCCUACAGACGGAGGCAGCCUACGCGUAUGGCGCCAAGCAGGGCGCGUGCCGCAGCGGCGGCCUCGGCCCAAAUCCGGCCGCCUCCGUCGGCGUCCACCGGUCUGUGACACUGCACGGCGACGAGGGCGCGUUGCAGGCGCUCGUGGCCAGCCAACCGGUGGCCGUGGCCGUGGAGGCCGACGCUGACUUCCACCACUACAGGAGCGGCGUGUACGUCGGCAGCCCGUCGUGCGGGCGGAACCUGCACCACGCCGUCACGGUGGUGGGCUACGGGGCGGACGGCGGCGCCGGCGGGCAGGAGUACUGGGUGGUGAAGAACCAGUGGGGGGCUGGGUGGGGCGAGGGCGGCUACAUGCGCCUCACGCGCGGGAACGGCAACAACUGCGGCAUGGCCACCCACGCCUACUACCCCACCAUGGACACCUCUUGAAAACCACAUCAGUAGUCCAUGCAGCAUCGAGUAUGGUUUAUCAGCUAGCUACAGAACGAUGCAGCUGCAGUACCACGUAAACGUACGUAUAUAUGGAUUUUGGUUUUUGGAUAAUGAACAUCGAAAGCAUGGAAUGAUGCGUUCGCCUAUGUAAUAGUAUAAACUUGGAAACUUGUAUAUGCCAAU